AUGAGCCUAAAAGAGAUUCAAAAUAAACUGUUACUAUGGGAAGCUGCAGACAAUCCGUUGGCACCUCUCACACCUAACCAAAGGGAAGCCAUACUUGACUUAGAAUCUAUAAUACUCGGCGUAUCAACCGACUUAGACCAUGAAAAGUCACAAACUGAAGAUGAAGAAAUUGAGUCUAGUGAAAUACCAAAAGUGGAUUCAACAUAUGACUUCUUGAAUUGGUAUGAAACUUUGAGUGACACGAACCUGAAGGCAGAUGAUAAUCUUUACGAGACAUAUUACAAGCAAUUGGAAGAAAGAAGAAAUGAAUGUGUUGCACUAAACGAUCAGAUUGGGGCCACAAUGUCUGAUUUGGAGAAAUUAUCAGAACAAUACAAUUUUGUGUCAAACAAAACAAAUGCAUUACAUACUAUGAGUGAACAUUUGCUGGCGGAUCAGAACAAGCUUUCUAGCAUAGGUGAUAAUAUAAAACAGAAACUUCAUUACUUCACCCAAGUGGAGCAUCUAUCCCAGAGGCUCAAUAGUCCCACCAUGUCUGUUAACAGUGAGACAUUCUUCAAUGUGCUUGCCAAGAUUGACGAAUGCUUGGAUUACAUGAGAACUAAUAAUACCUUCAAGGAAUCUCAUACUUACCUCGUCAAAUAUCGUCAUCUACAAAACCGGGCCAUUGGACUUAUUCGUUCCUACGUUACGUAUGUAUUAAAUCAUGCUACAGAGCAAGUUCUAGCACCAAAUGAUGAAGCGCCGAACGAUCAGGAGACCAUAGACACCGCUUAUGCCGUUUAUUUUGGGAAAUUCCAAGCAUGCGCCCCUAAGUUGCGAAUGGUGAUAAGUGAAAUUGAAAAGAGAGCUGAGACAAACUCUGACUAUGCUCGGCUGCUGGGCGACCUGCAGCGCGAGUACGCUUCGGCGCGCUCGCGCGUGGCGGGCGCGGCCACGGGCGGCGCCCUGCGCGGCGCGGAUGGCGAGCGAGCACGCGACCACUGCUCGCAGGCGCGCGCCGCCUGCUCGCUGCUCGCGCACGCCGCACGCGAUGAAUGUGCACUUUACUCUCACUUCUUCUCCAGCCCUUCGCCUGCGCUCGACGAGUACCUACAAUCGCUGUGCAACGGUCUGUAUGAGACGUUGCGGCCUCACAUUAUUCACAUAAACCAUUUGGAAACUCUCGCCGAACUGUGCGUCAUACUGCGAGUCGAAGUCAUAGAGGAGCAAGUCAAUAACGAUCCGGUGCGGCUGGCGGCGCUGGGCGCGGCGGCGGGCGCGCUGCUGCAGGACGCGCAGGAGCGGCUCGUGUUCCGCGCGCACGUGCACCUGCGCGCCGACGUGCUGCUCUACCGCCCCGCGCACGGCGACCUCGCCUACCCCGACAAGCUGCUCAUGAUGGAGCAAAUUGCCAUGGAACAGUCCCUUAAACGGAGCGACUCCCGUAAUUCUAUGGUUUCGGACAUCUCAGCCACAUCACAAGAAGUAGCAAACAUCAAUGUGGAAACCCAUAGGCGGCCUCAGGCUUCACCGGCCGACCUUCACGGGAUGUGGUAUCCUGCUGUCAGACGAACCUUGGCCGCACUGUCAAGACUGUACCGAUGUCUGGAAAAAAAAGUCUUUCAAGGUUUAGCUCAGGAAGCUAUUUCUCUGUGCAUUCAAUCUGUGGACAACGCCGCAAAGCAAAUUACAGCAAACACAACCAACAUUGACGGAGAACUCUUCCAAAUUAAACAUCUAUUGAUCCUUCGAGAGCAGAUCGCACCAUUCCAAGUAGAUUUCAUUGUCAAAGAAACUACUUUAGACUUCAGUAAUGUCAAAAAUGCAGCUUACGGACUCCUACAGAAACCGAGACAGAUAUUCUCGUUAAACAGCAGUAAUGCUAUAUUGGAGUUUCUGUUAGACGGUACACCGAUGGUCAGAGAACACCUCUUGGAUUCAAGAAAGGAGGUGGAUAGGCAGCUGAAGAGUUGUUGCGAAUCUUUCAUUAAGAAUGCAACGGAGAUUCUGACUGGACCAAUGAUUGCAUUCAUUGAAAAAGCCCAAGCCUUCACUCCUAUAGAACAACUGAAAUCCCAGCCGUGGGCAUCGCCCGAAGAAAUAGCGGUAGUAGUGAAAGAAGCUCAGAGAAGAAUCAGAUCUAGCCUGGCACCGCUACAGAGAUCCAUGCAAUUGUACUUAGCCAAUAAGGAGACAGAGUUCAUACUGUUCAGGCCUAUCAGGAACUAUGUGGUUGGCUAUUUCGUGCAAAUUGAACAGCUUUUAUCUAACGCCGGGUAUUCGUACGAAGACAUGCUGAUAGUGGCAUGCCCUACACCUGAACAGGUGUCGGUGUUUAUAUCUUCGGCGAGCUUGAUCAGCCACAGUGAACCUGUACUGCCAUAUGGGAGUAAAGCUAAGCCAGGAGUAAUUAGGAAACCGAGUGUUACUAGUGUUAAGGAGAAAAAUGAAGAGAAAACCAGCCCAGAUGCCCCUAUUACUGUAUAA